CGGAGGCUCUUUUGCAUCCUCUAAAUUAAGGGGUGAAACCGCAACUUUCGGUUCGUUUGCCUGUUGCACUGACAUGCAGACCACGGGUCGAGCCCUUUUCCAUAAAUUUGCAAUUUUGACGUCCGAAAAUGCACGAGAUGUCCGUGAAUUUUCCAUCAUUCUUGACGGAGAUCGUUACAGGGACCUGCAAGAUGUAAAAUUCUCCCAAAAAUCAGAAAAACGCAAUUCAAAACACAGAAAAAAGCAAUUAGAGCCAAGGGCUGAUGGCUGCUGGGAAGAAGGCGGCCAAGAUAAUCUCCUGUUCGCAGUCGCAUCAACUGAGCUUGAAUCAACAACCUCACUGUUUGUAUCUUCACCUCCGUGCCAUUCACUGCCUUGGCUUCUGAGGCCAUUUACGGCUAAAUCAUCAAAACUCGACUCGGUUCUCCAAGCUGGAGGAGUCACGCAUUCAGAAUCUCUCGUUGCCCUU